AUGAGGAAGAGCAUUCAAGUGCAUAGUGACUGUCCUAAUGGAUGGAUAAGAAACAACGGUAGAUGCUACAAGUUUCAAACAGAAAAACAAAACUGGCCGAACGCAAGGCAAAUGUGUAAGUGGCAUGACAGUGACCUGAUGGCCAUAGAAACAGUAGCAGAGCAGAACUGGUUUGUUCAGCAGGCCCUGACAUUCAAUCAUUCGGAUGCUGACGACGGAUUUUGGCUAAGUGGCACAGACUGGAGUGAAGAAGGCAAUUGGGUGUGGGAGUCAACUACUGAACCGUUUAGGUACCAAAUAUGGGGUGACCUACAACCAAACAACAAGAACAAUAGUGAACAUUGCCUUGAUGCACUCAAUUUCUUUACCUAUGCAUGGAGCGAUGAAUGGUGUGACUGGGGUAAUCUACAAUACGUCUACGAAAAACCAGAACCUGUACGUUACUGGUAUCGUUUCCUUUUCGGACGUUAAGCAACCACAGUUAGAAGAAACAACACAAUGUCAUACACAUAAACAAAGACUCGCUCAAUUGUAAUUUUCAGAUUUUUGUUGUUGUAUUUUUGCUUUCACAUUUUGCAUCAACGUGUUUAUUCUUAUAGAGUGUUAGUUUUUGAAAUGUUUACAAUGCACUAGAAGUGUGUCAAUUGU